AUGGCUGCGCUGCGCGCGUCAUCUAGAUGUGGGCGGCCAUGGCCCGGGCUUGGCUCAAACUGGGCGCUGGUCCUGGUCUUGGGUAUGGCUUGCUUCAUCGGGGCUAUGGGGGCGCUGGAGGGGGAUGCUGCGAUGCCGGGUCAGGCCACACUCGAGGCUUUGCGCGCUGCGGCCGCCGCUGAUGAGCCCGCCCUCGCUGACAGCGAGGCAACGGGCGAGCGGCUCUAUCAGGCCUUUGUCAAGCACUUUGUCGAAAAGCGGCGUCAUCACAUGGCUGCAGCGGAGCACAUAUUCGCCAAGCCCCUCUUUGAGCGUCGAUUUGCCCUCACCAAGCCCUUGCUCGAUGAGAUCUUUCGCCAACUGCAUGCCGCUCAGGGCCAGCUUGCCAGUAACAUUGACGUGGCGCAACCAGAGCUUCCGGACGAGCCCGCGCAGCUGGAAGCGCUCAUUCAAGUCUGGCAGAAUGCAGCCUUCCUUGCCGAUUUGGCGCUCCGCUUGCCCGAUCAGGUACAUGCGCUGGUGGACAAGUACCCCGUGCGUGUGGAUCUCGUGCGCUGGGCUGUAACACGCAUCUGCCUGCCCGCCCGAAUCUACCAAGAACAACCAUCGCACCGCCGCGCCCUCGAACUGCUGCUUCAAGAAAUGCAGCUCACCGACGAACCAGACCCAAACUACGAGAAUCCUUUCAGUGAGCUGAGUCUCAUCCGUGGCCAAAGAGAUCGCCUGCGCCAAGCACACUUGGAAAGCGUUGAAAUCAAACGCGUGCUCCAUCGCCAACUCGCCCGAGCCCCGCAGAUCGUCACCGUGCCGUAG